CUGAGCUCACCCAAGUCCCUGCCUCCUAAGACAAACCACACAACGAGACAAAACACUGCGGCUUUCCAUCUUUCUAACCACAACCUUCGGAAUCACCUUUUUAACCCUUCACAAAGUCUCUGCAUGGAGAAAGAAAGCUCUUAAGGACUUUUGCUAACUUUUUUUUUGUUUCACUUCUUAUAUGGUGGUACGUUUUAAGAAGCGCGUUGAAGAGAACUCUUGCUCCGCGCGUAAUGCGAAGCGACUCGGUUUUAUUCCCGAUUUUGACGCUUGUUAACGCAAAGGAGAAGCAAGAUCUCCUUGUUAAUUAUGUCGGUGGUUCCUCUGAGCGUAACUAGGAGCUCCCUUGCGUUUAUUUCCACGAGAUUCGCCUGUAGAGCUCGCGCGUAAAGCCGGAGGGGAACCGAGCAUCUUUAUCGCUUUCUGGAAAGCGCCUAGCAGACUUUCUAUACUAGAGACCAUCUGCUUGUUUUUAAUCGAACACACAAACUUUGGUGCUGGUUUGAAGUGCCCUUACCUUUGCUGACAUUGUUGUGAUGCGCAUCCCGGUAGAUCCGAGCACCAGCCGCAGGUUCAGUCCGCCGUCCAGCAGCCUUCAGCCGGUGGCGGGGAAGAUGAGCGAUGCGCCGCAGGAGCAGAACGCGGCGCUGCCGAGACUCCGACAGCACGACAACCGGACGAUGGUGGAGAUCAUCGCGGACCACCCCGCCGAGCUCGUGCGGACGGACAGCCCCAACUUUCUGUGCUCGGUGCUGCCGUCCCACUGGAGGUGCAACAAAACUCUCCCGGUGGCGUUCAAGGUUGUAGCUCUGGGAGAUGUUUCCGAUGGGACAGUGGUGACGGUUAUGGCAGGAAAUGAUGAGAACUACUCGGCAGAGCUGCGAAACGCCUCGGCUGUCAUGAAGAAUCAGGUGGCGCGUUUCAACGACCUGAGAUUUGUUGGCAGGAGUGGAAGAGGAAAGAGCUUCACGCUGACAAUCACAGUAUUCACGAACCCACCGCAAGUGGCUACUUACCACCGAGCCAUAAAGGUCACAGUGGACGGACCGCGGGAGCCGCGGAGACACAGACAGAAACUGGAAGACCCCCCUAAACCGCCGCUGUUCUCCGAGCGCCUGAGCGAGUUAGAGCGUUUGCGCCAGACCACCAUGAGAGUUGCCGUGCAAACCCAGAGUCCCCGGCCGUCUCUCAACGCCACGCCGAACUCCUUCAACCCGCAGGGGCAAACUCAGAUCUCAGGUAAACCGGCCAUCAGCGCGACUAUUUCAGCCUCUCUGGCCACCAGCCAUGAGCUUUACUGGAGAAUCGCUGUGGUUUAUGUACAGUACAAACAUCAGUGUUUGGAGAACAGGUAGGUUUAUUUAAGAGGAGAUAAACCCAAGAAGAUAAAGGAGAGUGGGUGAGAAUGAUGCAAGAAAUAGAAAUGGUGAAUUCAAGAGCAUCAAUCAGAUUUAAACGGGAGAUACUGAUAGACGUGCCAAAUCUGGCAGUCCGUGCUUUUACGGGAAUGCGGCUGGGAUUGGCUGCUUACAUCACCUUAAAGGGAUAGUUCACCCAAAAAUGAAAACUUGUUGUUUUCUCACCCUCCUUUUCCAUCCAAACCUGAGUUUCUCUCUUCCAUGGAGGACGAAAGAUGUUCUGAUGAGUCUCUGUGCUUCUCUUCAUCUUCAAACCACGUCUGCGAAGGACAUAAAAGCACCAUAAAA